AUGGGGAUCCAAAGAAAUGAUUUAUUGCAAGAGUGCUGGAACAGACCAAAGCCAUAUCCCAGGUAUUGUCGAAAUACGCGCCCCCUCGUCACAACCUGGCAGGAUAUUUACGUGUUUGAGUCCAUUCACAAGGUGCUACAUCCUCUCCAGGAAUUUACUGAUGCUCUUUCUGGAGAGGAGUAUGUCAGCAUCUCCUACCUCAAACCAGUUCUGCAUCUUCUGGCCACAUCAGUCCUGGCUGAAGAUGAUGAGGACACUGACCUGUCUAGGUCGAUUAAAACCAAGGUCCUGACAUACCUCAGUGACAAAUAUAGUGACUCUGACACCACAGAGCGUUUGGAUGUCAUAUCAUUUCAGGAUCCGAGGUUCAAAAAACAGUACAUCAGCGCAGACUACAUCCCUGCCAUUAAGACUCGACUGAAGACUGAAAUGGAAUGGUCAGCAAGACUAAGUUUGGGGGCUCAUGGACGCUACGCUCAAAAGCUGCUGAAUGACUUGUUUUCCAAUUACACCAGUGCGCUGAGGCCUGUGGAGGACACAGACCACAUCAUCAAUGUCACCCUACAGAUCACCCUCUCCCAGAUUAUUGACAUGGAUGAGCGGAACCAGAUUCUGACCACCUACUUAUGGAUCCGCCAAGUGUGGACAGAUGCCUACCUCACUUGGAAGAAGGAGGAUUAUGAUGGCCUUGAUACUAUCCGCAUACCUAGUAGUUAUGUCUGGAGACCUGACAUCGUCCUGUACAACAGUGCAGACGACCAGUUCUCCAGCUCCAUGGAGACCAACGUGGUGAUCCGUAACGAUGGCCAGAUCAUGUGGGACCAGCCGGCCAUCACCAAAAGCUCCUGUUCAGUGGAUGUGGCCUUCUUCCCCUUCGACUUGCAGCAGUGUCGCCUCACUUUUGGUUCCUGGACGCACAAUGGCAACCAGAUGGACCUGGUCAAUGCCUUGGAUUCUGCUGACCUGGCUGACUUCGUCCCCAACGUGGAGUGGGAGGUAGAGGGCAUGCCUUCCAAGAAGAACAUCAUCCUGUAUGGCUGUUGCUCAGAACCCUACCCCGACAUCACCUACACACUGCACCUUAAGAGACGCGCCUCUUUUUACAUCUUCAAUCUGCUCAUCCCCUGCAUGAUGAUCUCCUUCCUGGCUCCACUUGGCUUCUACCUGCCGGCGGACUCUGGGGAGAAGGUGUCUCUGGGAGUCACUGUGCUGCUGGCCCUCACUGUGUUUCAGCUGCUGGUGGCAGAGAGCAUGCCCCCCUCUGAGAGUGUGCCACUCAUAGGAAAGUACUAUAUUGCUACCAUGACGAUGAUUACUGCAUCAACCGCAUUGACUAUCUUCAUCAUGAAUAUUCACCAUUGUGGUCCCGAGGCCCGCCCCGUCCCAGAAUGGGCCCAAAAAUUCAUCCUGCACUACCUGGCCCAAAUCUGCUUCGUCUACGAAGUUGGUGAAAACUGCGUGGGUGUAAAUUCGGCCAAGACACAGACUCCGCUGCAGGAGGACUUCGAGGCUGCACUGGAAAGCAACAACCCUCGAGGGAUGAACUGGGAUGUUAAUGGGAAGACCUGGGGAGGUCAGAGAGAGAAGAGAGUUGGAGAGCCAGUGGUGGAAGAGCGUCUGAAGCCGGGAGAGAUUUACUCUGAGCAGGCAGACUGGAAGCAAGACCUGUUUGUGAGCAUCGAUCACUCAGAAGAGGAAGGAGCCACUGGAGGGUGUCGGAUUAAGGAGCAGGAGUCGAGGAGCACCUGUGAAAGUGGAGCAGGGGAGGAUGAAGGUAAAGGGAUAGGGCCAGGGGAACAAGGCGGAGGAGAAGUGGAGGGGAAGAAGAUCUUACUUGGAGCCCAGUGUGUGUGCCAACAUGAGGGCUUACAGAGGAACAUCGAGUAUAUCGCCAACUGCUACCAGGAUCAACGCACUACGCAGAUACGCAUCGGGGAGUGGAGGAAGGUCGCCAAGGUCAUGGACCGAUUCUUUAUGUGGCUCUUCUUCAUCAUGGUCUUCCUCAUGAGCCUGCUCAUCAUGGGGAAGGCUAUCUGAGAGAGAUCGGUUUCUGAAGGGUUAGUGCCAACCUACAAUAAAGAAUAACAAUAGAAUUUAAAAUUUGAUAGAAUUUAAGUGUGUCCAAUCAGCGAUUUUUUGUGUUGGUGCACUACAAUUUGUGUCUGUCCCAAUAGGUCUUUCCAUCUUGUAUGUUUAACAUCUUGUUUCUCA